CGCGGGGGCUACCAGGGUGUUUCCCAUAGCACCUCUCUCCCAAGCCCCAGCAUCUGGAGUUCUGCAGCGAAAGAGGCUGAGAACCCCUCGCCAGGGUAAGGGCGCAGGGCAUGAGGAGGAAGCCUUAGGGGUUAUAGGUGGCUGCGUGGUCCUAGGAACGAAGCAGCUCAGGGGAGCGGCUGGCCUCCUGGUUGAGGAAUUUGGGGGGGCUUCAAAGAGGACGCCGGAGUCACUGAAGGCACUGAUUUGGGUUCCAGGAGCUGGGAUUCAGCAGCCUGGAGGACCAGGGCGCAGCAGUGGGGGCGGGAUAGUGGAGACAGAAGGGGUGAAUGGUUUUUUUCUCAGUCCAGGACAUGAAGGUGACAACACCCCCCAAGUGGGGUGCCCAGCAUUUUGCUCCAGAGUAUUUUCCUAGUUCUCAUAAAAGCGACAUUUACGAGGCCUGUGGGCUGAGUACAGUUCCAAGGGCUUUACAGCCCCGGAAGUGGGUCUUACCAGUCUCAUUUUACACGUGGGGAAAAUGAGAUGCACAGUUUGCAGAGCGAGGUCAGCGACGGAAAUGUAUUUUAAUGGAGCAGGGCUCUCUGGCUGGAGCCGGCCCUGAUAAUCCGCGCUGAACUUGGGGAGAUCACCCGAGCUGAAGGUAAAAUGCUGGCAUGGGUGGCACAGAGGUGGAGGCCAGGUAAGGAGCUCAAGACGACUCUGUGUAUGUUGUCUCCCGGACUGCCCUCUGCAGAUUUCUGGAUUGGACAGAAAAAAAUAAAAGUGAAGUUCCCAAAAAGUUGCUUUCCAUCUAUUUCCUAAGGACCGUCAAGACACACCUACUAUCUUUUAUCACCAUUUUGGUUCCAAUUCUGGUACUAUGGCUCCUGGUACUGCCAGAGUUCUGGUUCUGGAAGGCCCCUCCCACAGCCCUGGCCUAGCUCCCCAGAGCCCUAAGCCUAGCACUGAAGACAUGGGCAAGAGCAUACCCCAGUGCCUGGGGCAACUUGACAUCCGCAAAAGCGUAGUGGGCCUGGCCACAGGUGCUGGAGCCAUCUACCUGCUCUACAAGGCCAUCAGGGCCGGCAUCCAAUGCAAACCGCCCCUCUGUACCACCUCGCCCAUCUGCAUCGCCCGUGAGUGUCCGGGCCCUGGGGAGAGGGCUGUGCCCCAGGAGGCAGCUGCUCCCAAGGCCGCCCCUGAGGGAGAGCCUGAAGGCCUGGCAAUCGAGCGGGAGCGCCACGGGCGGGACUCGGGGGAGCUGCGGAGACUCCUCAACUCCUUGGAGUGCAAGCAGGAUGAAUACACCAAGAGCAUGAUCCUGCACAGCAUCACCCGCUGUGUGUACCUGCUGGAGGCUGAGGCCUCUGCUUGUACAACUGACGACAUCAGAUUGUUGGGUGACAUGCUGGAUGACAACAACAACAGUGUCAAAAUCCAAGCUCUGAAUGCACUGAAAGCCUUCUCUGGCAUCCGGAAAUUCAGGCUUAAAAUCCAGGAGCACACCAUCAAGGUGCUGGAGCUGAUCUCCACCAUCUGGGACACAGAGCUGCACAUGGCGGGCCUCCGGCUCCUCAACAACCUUCCGCUGCCCGAUUACGUGCACCCGCAGCUGCGGAGGGUGAUGCCCGCCCUCAUGGCGAUCGUGCAGUCCGACAGUAUCCUGCCGCAGAUCCAAGCCAUCCGCCUGAUGAGCUAUCUGGCACAGAAGAACGACCUUCUCUAUGACAUCCUCAACUGCCAGGUGCACCCCACCUUCCUGAACCUGUUCCAAGCCACGCAGUCAGGAAGUCUGCUGUUGGAGGUGCUGGUGUUUGCUGAGCGGCUGAGUGAGGGCCGGAAUUCACCCCACUACCGAGCCGUGAAGUGGCAUUACAAUGAGCAGUCCCUGCACGAAGCCCUCUUUGGGGAUGAGUCACGACUGGCAGACCGGCUGCUGGCCCUGGUCAUCCACCCUGAGGAGGACGUUCAGAUCCAGGCCUGUAAGGUCAUUGUCAGCCUGCAGUAUCCCCAGGACUUGAGAGUCCGGCCCUCCUCCUGCCACCCCAGUCAUUCCUACUUUAAAAACGGGGAAUAAAAUUAAGAAGAACCAAUAAAUGAGUAUGAGAGAA